AUGGAGCCCCGAUUUGGCUCGACAGGGGAUGCGGCAUUGGAUUCCACAUUUCAGGAAUGUUUCAAGAAUGCGAUGCCCAACACCUGGUCUCAUCAGAGCCAAGUAGAGCCGCCUCUACAGCUGGAACGCCUUGAAUCGCUAGAAUCCACAUUAGCCGAGGUCAUUGAGGGUUUAAGAGACCAUCGUGCUGGGUCUGCAUCAUGGAGCUCUCGAUCUGCACGGAAAGAGAAACGCCGCCGACGCAGUUCCAAUAGCUCUAUUCAUAACACUGCAUCAGGGGUGGGCGUGUCAACCGUCGCUUCGUCGUCAAGCGCCGAUGGCGCCACAUCCACCAUGUCUUCACCAGACGAUCCUCGUGUCCCAUGGGAGUCGGCCGAGACCAUAGCAGAGCUCUACUUGAUGUACUGUGACUGCCAGCCGUUGCCUCUGUUUCACCGCCAAGACUUUGUGUCGACCUUUGCAAACAGGGAUACGCAAGUCAUAUACGCCGUCAUUGCCCUUGUCGCAAGGUUUUCGGAUAGAGUCAAGACGACGCCAUUGCCUACAGCUGGUCAGCGGCAGAUGUACGCUGACGCAGCUCAUCGGAACGUCAUGUCUCAAAUAGCAUCUGGACGCGUCGAGCUCUCAACGUUGCAAACCCUGUGCUUGCUCACGCUCAAUGGCUUUCAAAACGGCGAGACAACUCUAUCACGAGUUCACCGCUCCCUGGGUAUGACGUUGGUGCACUCCGCCCACUUGCACCAGGAGUCUGCCCAUCAAGGCGACGAGCGAAUCAUCGAUGAGCGGCGGCGGUGCUACUGGAGUGUCAUUCUGCUGCAGCAACUGCUGGGGGAAGGUAUGUCGGGUGUCGGGAGUCAGCUCUCGCAAGCCACAAUGCAUACGCCACAAUUCCCUGCUAGUGCUACAACUCCGCCUACAAGGAAUGCAACAGAAAGUGGACAAUGCGCAGCUACUUCCCCGCCUCUCAAGGAGCACGAGGGUAUUCUCUACGUUAUCCUGAAGCUCAGUGAGGUGUGGUCUCAAGUUCAAGAGUAUACCCGAAGCCGGGGCGCGUCUGAGAAUGGCGUGCCACCAUGGUCCCCUCACUCAGCAUACUCCAAGACCGUCGAGUCCAUCAUGAAUCUCGGGCAGCAACUCCCGUCCAUGCACAGAUAUCGUUUCAUCCGCAUAUCCAGCAUCUCAACGCAGAAUCUUGAGGAAUCUCGCGAUUAUUGGGCUCCGUGGCUUCUGAGCCGUCUAAUCUACCAUACUUCUAUCUGCAUACUCAACCACCCAAUUCUGAUCAUGCUUCAAAUACAAGGGCAGCAUCAUGUAUCAGAACUUUUCCUUCAACACACGGCCUUUCAACGAGAUCACCACACUUCGUGGGUGGUUCACUUCAUCAAGUUCCUACAAUCAAGGCGUUUCUACGUGUCGGAUCCACUGUUUGCUUACUGUGCUGCAGUAGUGGCUACUAUCGAGUUGUACCAGAGCUUUGUCGGCGACGAUCAGGGUACCAAGACACAAAGGGCACAAGAGAGCAAACAAAACUACGAAGAAUGUCUCGCCUUCAUCUUCAGCUUAGACGGAAGAUGGCCAUCUUUGGUGCGGAUAGCUGAUAGCCUUGAGCGCCUCAGUCAAGACAUGGCAGUGUUGUAUGAAAAUAACAUGGCCAAGUCUGGCGAGAAUAUCAACAUAGACAUCUCUAGCUUCUUCUCAAUCCUUGACCUCUCGCGAUUCUGUGCCCCGGAUGGAAGCGUUGAUGUCCCACAAUCCGUCUUCGGGCCAACCUUAGCCCCUUGUCCCGCCCCUGAAACACCGAUAAGCACCAACUUACAACGACUACCUCACAUCACCGAGAUGGAAUCGUCUGAUUCUACGACAGUUGGACAAAGCGGGAUUACUAGUCAUUUGUUGGGUACAGACCAGGGCAUUUUCCUCCCCGCAGACCAGUUCUUUGACGGUCUCCAAGGCUUAAGCACAAGUUUGUGGGAUGAUGGAAUGGAUGAGGCUACUACCGCUGCGCUUGACUUAAACGCUGUCGGAUUCUGA